AAUAAAAUGAAAGGUACUUCAAAGAAGAAUACAGUUACUGCCUUUAAAACUCCUGAUGACAAGGACCUCUUCCUGGCGAGGGACGCUCAGAAGCAACGAAGGAUUGAAGCCAAGGAGAAAUUUAAGAACCAGAAAAUUUGGGAUAAGAAAACAGCUACUAGCCGACUUCCCCUGAAAAGGUUCAAGGAUGCUGAUUUACCCCCUUCUGAUGCUGGCAAACAGGUUAUUGUGUUCAAUAAUCCUUCUGAUAAGGACAUUAUUGACGCUGCGAAGAAUAUAUGUAAGGAGAGGGUUCAAUUUCCCAAGGAUCAUCGAUCCCAGAACGCUUAUGAAUUUAUUGAACAAAAGAAGGAAAUGUUCUUAGUUCAGUUAUCCCAUAAUACAAUUAAGAAAGAAAUCGAUGCUUUAGAGACGAAGAUAGAGAGGAAAGUUAAAGCCCUUGACCAGUCUAAGAAGUUGCUUAAUCAAGAUGAAAAAGAUGUCAGGAAUUAUGUAGAACAUAAUAAUGAAAAUACAAAGAAGAUUGAACGAGAAGCUGAAGAAAAGAUGAAGGAAAGAAAAGAGCUAGAAGAACAGCUUAAAAAUACAGAAGCUGAGAUUACUAAUCUCAAUUAUCAAAGUUCAAAGAAUAAUCAAGAUACCCUAGAAACACUUGAGGCUCACAAGAAGUUCCUCGAAGAACUCUCUGAUGCGGAGUUUCUUAAAGAAAAUAGAGAAAAACAGCAGAAGGAAAUCAAAGCUCUUAAGAAAGAUUGGAUCACCGAGCAACUUGCUGAGUCCAAGAGCAAAGGCAUCUUCACACAAGAAGCUGCCAAGAAAAGCGGCAAGAAAGACGAACGAAUCAGGAUGACCACCAUCACCCCAGACAUGUCUGACGAAGAGAUGGACAAACGGUUCCAGUACUGCUUAAGCAACUUCUUGGUCAGUGUCCCCAAGAACUUCUACCACGAAGAAAUCCAGUUCAAAGACCCUGACGAGAUCAGCCAGAAGUUCAACGACCUCGAAGAGAAAAACCUGUUUCUGAUCCAUGCCAGACAGGAGAUCGAGCAGUCGCUUGAAGAGCUGAGGAAGGAAGACAAGAAGAUCCGCAAGGAGCUCACCGAAAGGAAACUCAACUACCAGAAGAAGCUCGAACUGCUCGAGGAAAACGAAAAGAACUACUACGACAACAUCGGCACCAAGGUCGCUGGGUUUGCAUCCCAUCCAAGAAAUGCUAAGGAAGAAGACGAGGAGGAAGUCAGCGUUCUCCUCGAACAUCUUCGUAACAAGAUCGAGAUAGUCUGUAAGAAGACCAAGGCUGAAAAGAUCGACCUCACCGCCAAAGGAACAAUCGACAUGUUAUCAGAUAUAGAAAUCGCCCUUGACGACAGAAUCCACGAACUAAUGGAGUACAGGUACUCCGACGAACUCGAAGUUAAAAGAGCGGAAGGCAACAUCAAGAACAAAAGAAAAGAAAGGAACAUCAAAGAGACCAAUGAUAAGAAAUUUAGAGAAGAAAGGGAGAAAAAGAAGAGAGCCGAUGAGGCCAAUGAAAAAUCCAAGGCAACCAACUUCAAAGGUAGAAAAGCUAUGUACAGGAGUAAGAAGAAAUCUAUCGUCAUGAAGAGGGAUGAGCCCAAGGUCGACCCCCAGGUUGAAGAGCGCAAGAGAUACAUCGGAGGCAUGUUUUAGGCCACGGAUUUUGAAUUUUCAAAAAAAUGUACUUUGAUUGG